GGUUCUGAGGCUGUGCUAACUCACUCUUGAAAGAGCGUUUUCGCUUCCUCUUCUCCCUGGCCUCCUACAUCCAACAUCGCCAUCAUCCAACGCCAUCCACGGAGGCACCCGCGUCACCCUCUCUGGCAGUGCAAUCACGACACUCAAAAUCCGUUGAAUUUUAGCAAGUUAUCAGCUUGCUGGAGUCCGCGACUCGACUCGGCGUAAUCGCCCAAGUUCUCUCGGCCGAUUCCUUUAUUUUCACCCUUCAGGCGCGUCAAACCCGACAUCGUCACUUCCGCCACCAUGUCUGCCGAAGAGGAUCUCAUCGACUACUCUGAUGACGAGCUGAACAACGACACCGCCGCUGCGGCUGCCAACGGAAAGAAGGGCGACGCUGGCGCCGCCGGGCAGAAUGUUGACAAGAAGGGCUCCUACGUGGGCAUCCAUUCGACUGGUUUCCGCGACUUUCUCUUGAAGCCCGAGCUCCUUCGCGCCAUCGCCGAUUGCGGUUUCGAGCAUCCGUCGGAGGUGCAGCAGACGUGCAUUCCCCAGGCUAUGCUCGGCGGCGACAUCAUUUGCCAGGCGAAGUCGGGUCUCGGCAAGACGGCUGUUUUCGUUCUCACCACUCUCCAGCAAGUUGAACCCGUUGCCGGAGAGUGCUCCGUUCUGGUUAUGUGCCACACUCGUGAGCUGGCUUUCCAGAUCCGCAACGAAUACAACCGCUUCAGCAAGUACAUGCCCGACAUCAAGACCGGCGUGUUCUACGGUGGCACUCCCAUCCAGAAGGAUGCCGAGAUCCUCAAGAACAAGGAGACGCACCCCCACAUCAUCGUCGGCACCCCUGGCCGGCUCAAUGCUCUUGUCCGCGAUAAGAACCUGCGGCUCGGAAGUGUCCGCAUGUUCGUUUUGGACGAGUGCGACAAGAUGCUUGACCAGAUUGACAUGCGUCGCGAUGUCCAAGAGAUCUUCCGCGCCACCCCGCAGCAGAAGCAGGUCAUGAUGUUCUCUGCUACACUGUCGGACGAGAUCAAGCCCAUCUGCCGGAAGUUCAUGCAGAACCCGACGGAGCAUUAUGUUGACGAAGACACCAAGUUGACGCUUCACGGCCUCCAGCAGUACUACAUUCCUCUGGAGGAGAGAGAGAAGAACCGGAAGCUGAACGAGCUGCUUGAUGAGCUCCAGUUCAACCAGGUCAUCAUCUUCGUCAAGAGUACGCUCCGUGCCACCGAGCUUGACAAGCUCCUGCGCGAGUGCAACUUCCCCUCGAUUGCUGUUCACUCGGGUGUCAGCCAGGAGGAACGCAUCCGUCGGUACAAGGAGUUCAAGGAGUUCAACAAGCGUAUCUGCGUGGCCACCGACGUCUUCGGCAGAGGUAUCGACAUCGAGCGGAUCAAUCUUGCCAUCAACUAUGAUAUGCCGGCCGACGCCGAUUCGUAUCUUCACCGUGUCGGACGUGCGGGCCGUUUCGGCACCAAGGGUCUUGCGAUCUCCUUCGUCACCACCGACCAGGACAAGGACGUUCUCCAGCAGAUCGAGAAGCGCUUCGAGGUCGCUCUUCCCGAGUUUCCCAAGGAGGGCGUCGAUGCCUCGACUUACAUGGCUGCUUAAGCUAGAAAAAGCGGUCCUUUUUUUCAUGGUUGGCUUUUCGGACAGGGUCAUGGCUGGUUUGUUUCCCCUUGCGGCCGGUUCUCUUUUGCCGUCGAGGUAGCUGUCGGACACAAAUAAAACGGGCAAAUCUUCGAACCAGAACAUGAAAACACCCGCGUGCGGUCGGAUGCAAGUUUGGGUCAUGUAAGAUUAUAAGGAGAUGAUCUCAUACCGAGCAAGGCGAAUGUGUGUUUCUGCGCAACUUGUCGGUCCUGUCCGUGAUGUAGCGGAGGUUGAACUUGAUCCGAGACCGACAGCCGGGUGCCAGGUUAGUUUCCCUGUCCCGGGUUGCCAUCAUUCCAACCACCAUCCAAGUCGGUCUGCAGCUGAGUUGCGGCCGUGGAGUGCCGCAGCCGUCAUGGCUCGCCUCGUGGCUAUUAUCGAGUCAUGAAAGACC